AAAAAAAAAAUAGACAAGAAAUUUUUUCCCCUCAAUUUUCUCGUUCAUUCAUCACAACACAGUCUUUUCACUUCACUUCCCACUCUCUCUCUCUGUCUCUCUCGGGAGCUGCGAUCCUCUGCAUCCAUGGCUACCGUACAACUCCAGUCCCUCACCCUCUCUCGCUCCUCCGCCCUCUCCGCUCCGACCACCGUGUCCUCCAUCUCCGGUCGCCGGAGUUCCAUCAAGCUGCCGCGCCACGCCGGACUUAGACUCGCCACCUCGACUCGCUUUUCCGGCUCAUCGAGUCGCGCCGUGUCGAGAAUUUCCGCCUCACGUGCUGGUGGACGCGUCGUGUGCGAGGCUCAGGACACCGCCGCCGUCCAAGUGGAUCCCAUUACUGACGCAAAUUGGCAAUCGCUUGUGCUCGAAUCCGAUACUCCUGUUUUGGUCGAAUUCUGGGCACCAUGGUGCGGUCCCUGCCGUAUGAUCCACCCAAUAAUCGAUGAGCUAGCCAAGGAAUAUGCUGGGAAGCUCAAGUGUUACAAGCUCAACACUGAUGAGAGCCCUUCCACGGCUACCCGGUAUGGAAUCCGUAGCAUCCCAACCGUCAUCAUCUUCAAGAAUGGUGAGAAGAAAGAUGCAGUGAUUGGUGCUGUGCCGAAGACAACAUUGAUGACAAGCAUAGAGAAAUUCUUGUAAGAGAGGCGGCUUCAGCUGGAAGUGAAGCUAUUUUUCCAAUUAGCUUCCAAUGUCUCAACUUUGGAUGGUGAUUUGUUUUCUUAAAUAAUCAUUUAUGGAUAUGGUACUGUAUAGCUGUUGGAUUGCAACCACAUUCUAUGUUCUUUUUAGAUAAUGUUAUAGUAAUCAAUAUGAUGCGUGAAUUUGGCGUCCAA